AUGGUCAAUUACUGGAUUGUUUAUUCAGUUUGUGCGUCUGAAGAACUCAUUUGCUGCUGCCUGAUUCCUAGUGAAUCACAGCGCUUUUUCAGGAUGCUAUGGAUGCUGGCAAUUUUGCUACGGGUGCUUGCUUACUUCUUUUGCAUCGAAUUUUUGGAAAAACGUCCAGAACUGAUUGUCCCGCAGAACUCGUUUCGAAGGCUUGUUGAUGGCAUCCAAAUGUUCAGCGAUGGUGUUUCGCCAUACGAUGGCGAUAUGGUGCACUGUCAACCUGUGCUUCUUUAUUUGUUUGGCGCGUUCAUCGGGCAUCCUGCCUUGCUGCUCGCUUUUUUCGUGGCACUUGAUGUGAUAACGAGUGAGAUUUUACGCAACGUAGCGAUGCAUUACAUGAGGGAAAAUGGAAGUGCAAACGAUGAUGUUGAACGGGUUGCUGAGUUAGUAGCCAAAUGGUAA